AUGGCUAUGGCAGCACUGGAUAUCGACUACUUGUCGGCCUACCUGAGUGUUCCCCAACAGGCCCUCAGUUCUACCCUCGAUUCGCCGACGGCGGAGCUCGUUCGAUCGGUCCUCGAAGCUGUCACUGUAAAGGCGCGCGAGCACGAUGAGUUGGCAGCAGAUAAGUUGCGGGUGGAUAUCGAAUUAGAGAACUCAGUGCGAACAUCAGAGACGCGUAUUGAAGCACUGCGUGCCAAUGUGGAAAAGGCGCAGAAGACUGUUGAAGAGGUCCGCACCAAACUAAAGGAAGAAGAAAACACCAGAUCAUCUCUUGAGAGCGAAUUACAAUCCCUGAAGUCUUCCUCUACGACCUCGACGUCUGAAGUGGAAACUCUACACGCACGAAUCACGUCACUAGAAGCAAAUAAUCGGGAUACACUAUCUGUUUUGGAGUCAAAGACAGCAGCAAACGAUGAACUCGCCAACGACCUACAGAAGCAACAUCAGAAGGGCUUAGAACUUAGUCAACAGAUAUCCACUCUGCAACAAACUGUCCAAAAUGCCAAUUCCGCGGCCUCAAGUGCUAAGUUCCGAGAACAAUCCUUGAAGCAGGAAAUUGAGCUGGCUAAACGUAACAACGAGUGGUUCGAGAACGAGUUGAAAACCAAGAGCGCAGAGGCGUUGAAGUAUCGGAAAGAGAAGGGUGCCCGAAUUGCAGAACUUCAACGUCUGAACGAGGAAGCAAAUUUGAACCUCGAGGCGUUAAAGAAAACGGAGCAAGCCUUGAGAACUCGGGUUGACGAAAUCCAAAAGAAGGCUGAGGAGUCUCUUGGGAAAGUACAACAGCUCCAUGAAGCAGCAGCUAAAUCCGAGGAAGGCUUCCGCCAGGAAUUGGAGAGUGCCCGCAGACUAGCAGAACUCCAGUCCCAGCAAACGGAAACCCACAAAAACCGAUUGAAAGAGGUUGAAGCGAGUCUUGAGAAAGUCAAGGAUGAUGCGGCUGCACAAGUCUCAAGACUUGACCAGUCCUUGGAGGAAGAAAGACAGGAACGAGACCGAGCAGAGCACCGCGUUGCUGAACUGGAGAUCGAAAUCGACCGCCUCGAAGGCUUGCUGUCCGCACCACGCGCCGGAUCUGUCCCAGCAACCCCUCGACAAGGUUUGAACGGCUCCAUGCUUGGUAGAUCUGGUUCGCCUGCCCAAUUUGGAACUCCUGGAUCGGUACGUAAAUCCGUCGUUACUUCAACACAACUCAUCGAGGAAAACCACAAGCUCCAAAUGGAAUACAAAGCCGAAAAACGACGUGGUGACCGCCUGGCUGCAGAGAUGGAGGAGAUGGUGCAGGGCUUGGAAGCGAAGCAACCGGAAAUUGAGGAGAUCCAGGCCGAGAACGGGCGUCUUCAUCAAGAGGUGAUCGCAAUGUCCAAAUUCGUGGACCAGACUGGGAAAGAGAGAGAUCGUGCGAAGAAGGAUGCAAGAAAGGCCGAAACCGAAGCUGCCACUGCCCACGCCGAAGCAAGCAUUCUUCAUCAGCAGCUCCGAGACCUGAGCGCACAACUCAAGAUGUUGCUGUGUGAUAUAGAAGCCCAGAAGCGGGGUUUGGAUGCACUGAGCCCUGCAGAUCGAGCAGAGCUUGAGCGCUUAGCUAGGGGCGAGGUGGAAGAAGGAGCCUUCGACGGUCUUACAGAUACCGACCGGUUUAUCAGCCAAAGACUUACUGUAUUCCGGAGUGUCAGCGAGCUUCAAGAAAAAAACCAGGAGCUUUUGAAGAUCACACGCCAAUUGGGUGCCCAAAUGGAGAGCGAAGAAGCACUCGCAGCAAAACAUCAAGCUGCUCAAGAUCACGAAGAAGUCCAAAAUCUGAAAUCGAAGAUUGAAAAUUACAAGGACGAGCUCCAGUCUAUGAUUACUCGUUCCGAAAGUUACAUCAAGGAGAGAGACAUGUUCCGGCGCAUGCUCCAACACCGAGGACAGCUACCCCCUACAUCGGAUCUUGCAUCUAUCUUUGGCCAAUCAGUAGAUGGUAACCGCAAUAGCCUGAUGCAAUCGACCGAGCAGACUCCAGGUAAUCAAGACAACGUUAGUCUUCUGCGAGAAUUACAGUCUCAUUUCGAUCAAUACAGAGAAGAGCAAACUACUGAUCGCCGCACCAUGAAAGAGCAAUUGGAGAGACUCUCUCAAGAGAAAGGAGCUUUACAGGCCGAAAUUGCCAAGAUAAACAGCCAGCUCACUUUUGCGAAUGAACGCUACGACCUACUCAAUUCAAAUUACACCAUGCUCAAUAACGAGAAUAGCGAAUUGCAAAAGCGGUCACAACUUUUGUCUGAAGCAUCUGCAAAGCAAGACUUGCGUACUCAAUCUGUCGCCGAGGAUCUUGUCGAAGCCAAGGGCUUGGUAGAUAGUAUGAGGAACGAGAAUGCAAAUCUCAAAGCUGAAAAGAAACUUUGGAAAGAUAUCCAGGAUCGUCUUAGUCAGGAUAAUGAAGGAUUGAUGAACGAGCGGUCCAGGCUGAAUACUCUGAUCGCCAACCAGCAAACACUUCAGAAUGAGCGUGAGCUUGCCGACUCCGAGACUCGGCGCCGAUUGACAUCUCAAGUUGAGAGUCUUGAAACUGAAUUGACUGCCACGAAGCGAAAACUCAAUGAUGAGAUCGAGGAGAGCCGAAAAGCCCAACUACGGAAAGAGUACGACGCCCAGCAAACCCAAAAGCGUGUUGAUGAUCUUGCCUCGAGUCUCGGCCAGGUUCGAGAAGAGUUGGUUGCUGCCAAGACUACUCGUGAUCAUUUACAAUCACGGGUUGACGAACUCACGAUCGAGUUGAAGAGCGCCGAGGAGCGUGUAGUACUUCUGCAACCAAAACCAACGCCACGCAACAAUGCUGAAGCAUCUAGUGACUCGACUGGAAACGACGCUGAUGGCGAACUUAAUAGAGAGCAGGAACUCGCCAUCGAGGUGUCAGAACUGAAGAGAGACCUUGAACUUGCAAAAUCCGAGCUUGAGAAUACGAAAAGCCAAAUGGAGCAAUACAAAUCGAUCAGCCAGUCGUCAGAGGAGGAGUUGGCCAGUUUCAAUGCUACUCAAGACCAGUACCGCGAUGAAAUGGACAGCAUUAUCGAGCAGAAGGACGCUAAGAUCCGGGAACUGGAGCAGAGAGUUGACGAUAUUUCAUCGGAGCUCACAAAUACCAACAACGAGCUGACAGCACUCCGAAACGGCCAAUCUGAAGUAGCUAGACAGGCCGAAGAGGAAAAGGCUGCUUUACAAGCAGAGAUUACUCGACUUAAGGACGAGGACGAGAAGCACGCUACCGCAGCUCAGUUUCACCAACAAGAUCUUCGUGCUCAAGCUGCGAUUGCAACAAAAGCCCAACAAGACUAUGAGAAUGAGCUCGUCAAGCACGCAGAGGCUGCAAAGUUACUCCAGGUCCUCCGAGGCGAGUACAAUCAGCUCAAGACAGAUUCUGCUACUUUCAAGGCUGAGGCAGAAUCUGCUAAGGUGACUCUGACUCAAAGCCAAAGCUCUUGGGAAGAGCGGCGUGAUCAGUCUGAGAAAGAGUUGAAAGAGUUGAGAACCCGACGUGAUGAUCUCAAUGCACAAAACAAGCUUCUGCACCAACAGCUGGAGAAUCUGAGUGCUCAAAUCACAGGUCUUCAACAAAGUCGCUCUGUUCUACCCGAAACAAGUCCAGCAAACGCCGAAUCUCCCUUUACGGAUUCAGCUAUUGAUCGUAAUGCGGAUGGUCUACGGGAACUCAACAAUUACUUGAGGCGAGAGAAAGAAAUCGUGGAAGUUCAAUAUGAAUUGAAAAUCCAAGAAGCCAAGCGCCUGCAACAACAGCUUGACUAUGCUCAGUCGCAGCUUGAUGAGAGCCGACUGAAGUUGGAUCAAGAGCGCCGUCAACAUGCCGAUGGUGGUCGUAGCUCUAUCGCCCACAAGGAUCUCAUGGAGAAGUUGAACGAGUUGAACUUGUUCCGUGAAAGUAGCAUCACUCUAAGAAACGAAGCCCGCCAAGCGCAGACCCAGCUAGCCGAAAAAAGUAAGCGAGUCGAGGAUCUGCUCGAACAAAUCCAACCGUUGGAGAGUAAGAUUCGCGAGCUCGAGCAGGGUAAGGAAGCAUCUGAAGGCGAGAUGCGCCUCUUACAAGAGGAUCGUGAUCGAUGGCAGAAACGUACUCAGGACAUCAUCUCCAAAUACGACCGCAUCGACCCCGCGGAGAUGGAACAGCUCAAGGAGACUAUUGAAUCGUUGCGAGCCGAACGCGACUCGUUGGUUGAAGAACAGCAGCCUCUACAGGACAAGAUCCAAACACUUGAGGGCGAAAAGGCCGCUUGGCAGCAAUCUCGUACGAAGUUGAUUGAACAAGCCAAGGAGAGAAACCGAAUCAACUUGAAGGAGAAUAAGGAUCGAACAGCGGAGAGAGACGCAGCUAUUCAAGAGAAGGACACUCUGAAGCAACAGCUUGUAGAGCUUCAGCAGCAGCUUGAGACUGCAGUCCAGGAGAAGGAGGCUGCUGAACAACAACUUACGUCUCUUAAUCAAGAGCUUGAGAUUGUCAAAUCUGAACGGGAUCGUGCUUUGGAAAACGUCUCAGCAGCUUCGCAGCCAGCGAUUACGCAGGCAGUCAUACCACAAGCGGAACCAGCUCAUGACCAGCAGCUUGCAGACCUCCGCAAGGAACUCGAACAAUUAAAGCAAGAGAAACAAGCACUGGAAACCCAACUGAAGACCUUGCGAGAGCAGCUCGAAAAGUCGAAUAAUGAACGGGAUACUGCCAUUGCUGAAGCCGCAGAAGCGAGAUCAAAGGAGAAUGCCUCAACAUCUGAUGGUGCGAUGCGGAAUGGAGCAGAGGAGGGCCAGAUCGACGAAACUCCAGGAACCGGGCUCUCUGACCAAGAGAAAAAGAUACUGGAAGAGCGCAUUUCUGCAGCAGAAGCCAAGAUGAAAGAGGCAGAGGAGAAGGCUGCCAAAAUGGAAGAAGAUAUGGACAACACAGUACGUGUUCGUUCAGAUAGGAUGAAGUCCGCUUUGAACAAGAAAUUGGUUGAGUCAAGAGAAGCCCAAAAGGCUGAGCUUGAGGCCGAGUACAACCUGAAGUUAGAGCAAGAGAAGCAGAUAUGGCUAGCGGAGAAUAAGGUCGCACCUACCAGCACUCCAAUGAAGGCUGCCGCAGAGCCGCCGACAUCAGUCAAUGAUGCACCACUACCUGCCACUCCCGCAACUCCAAAUCAAAAGCCUGAGGGACUGGAUCAAAUAUUGUUGAAUCUCCCGGAGGCUGAAGUUCGUGAGUUCAUCGCGAAGAACCCAACCGCUCAGUCGAUUAUCAAGCACAACAUCAAGAAUUUGGUCAGCAAGGAGGCCCAGAAAUCCAAGGAUGAGCAGGUCAAAGAAACCCAGAAGCUGGUCGACGAGCACGCAAAAGCAUUAGCUGAGGCUUCUAAAAAGGCCGAAGCUGCGAAGACAAAUGCUGUCUUCAUGGAAAGCAGAAAAUCGGCGCUGAAGAUUAACAUGUCAGAAAACAAGGCCCGAACCGCUACAGGGAAGCUAGAGGUUGUUGAACAAGCAGUCCAUGAGACCCCUCAGAAGCCUGUUGUAGAGGUAUGGGAAGACGUAAAGGCAUGGAAGCUUCCACUAGCCCCUACUGCGCCUGGUGCCUCGGCUCCCAUUGCUCCACCUGAAAUCCCAGCCCAGGCAAAUGGAAUUUCCGGUGCCGCUGCUCCACCAUCAGAUGUCAAAUCCGAAGCACCCGCCAAUCAGUCAAUUGCUCAACCCUUGCUACCGACCCAGCCACCCCAACAACGCCGGGCAUCCCAAGCAUUGAAUGCUGCUUUGAGCCAGAAUGGUACAGCAAUUUUGCCUCCCAGUAACAUUCCAAACGCUCCGGUAAACAAUAACCAGCGGGUCUCUUCAAUUCCGACUAUGCGAGGCAAUGCGUCGGUUCGAGGACGUGGGAAUGGAAAUGGGAUUUAUCAAGCACGUGGAGGUGGAGGAGGUGGUGGACAGCCUGGCAGAGGCAGAGGUGGAUCUGCCCAGAGAGGUGGGCUGAAUGCAUCGGCUGCUCCUUAUAGCCCAACAGGUCCAGCAGGCGUUAAGAGAGCUCGGGAGGAGGGAUCUAUGGGCGGACAGCAAGGACACGCUGGAAAGCGACCUCGGGGCGGGGGACAAAACUAG